AUGUAUCCACCGCAACACCCUCCUCCUCAUCAACGUAUGCAGUUUGUCCCGCCCACUUCAGACUUCCCAGCACCCCUCCCUCAACGUAGACUGAACCCACAAUUGGACCAAUCCCGUUACCAGCCGCCUCUACAACCCCCUUCGCGUCCUAUGCAACCACCUCUGAAUGAACCGACAAUCAACCAACAUCAUCCCAGACCAUCUACAUUCUUUAACCAUGACCUCUACCAGAAUCAAGGUUUCGCAUUUUCCCCUCUCCAUACAACCAGAGCCAACGCCGCUCCUACGCUUCGACUGAUGGCUUCAGUACCUUCUCGCUGGCCCACCGAGCCCCCUUGUCUUCCUCACCACAAAGUGGUCUACCUCAAGACCCACAAAACUGGUUCCACAACAAUGGGUUCCAUCUUCAAUCGCUACGCCUUCACCAGAAACCUCACAGUCCUUGUUCCGCAUCUGGGGCACUUCGUGAACUGCCGGACACUCUUCAACACCAAGCAAAUCACCGAAGGGGGUGGCAAUCAUUCGAAGAAGGGGAACUGGAGUUUCGAAACGGGCUACGAUAUGCUGACCAAUCACGCUCGGCUCGACAAGAAGGAGAUGGACAAAGCGUUCCAUAAUGCCAGGUACGUGACGAUUAUUCGCGAGCCAGCAGCGCAAUGGCAGUCGGCCUUUAACUACUUUGAGGUCUGGAAAUCGAUGCCCCAGUCGAAAGCGCCCAUGGAUCUUUUUCUUUCUCAGCCGAAAAAGUACUUCGCGCAUGUCAUGUCGAAGAAACAAUACUUCAAAGUUAGCAUGCACAACGAGCAACUCUAUGACUUCGGUUUGGAGCACAAUGACACGGACGACGAAGAGAAAGUCAUGAAUAAAAUUCGCGAGCUCGAGUCGGUUUUCGAUCUGGUGAUGAUCACGGAGUACUUCGACGAAUCCCUUCUCUUGCUUCAAAAGCUACUCUGCUGGCGCAUGGAAGAUGUAGUGUAUCUGAAGCAUGGGGUUCGCUCCGCAAACUAUCGGAAGAAGAACAACGACAGCUUGGCAGAUAAGAUACGAGAAUGGAACAAAGCCGACUUAAUGCUCUACAACCAUUUUAACGAAACAUUUUGGCGAAAAGUUCUUGAAUACGGACCUUCAUUUUCCCAAGACUUGGUCAAUUUAAAGAAUAUGCUCUCAGAUACCUUUGAUAUGUGUAUGAAUAAAACCCGAGUUCUAAAGACUGACCGGAGGGCAGAGAAGUUUUCCAAGAACAAGAACGCCCCCAAGAUUUGUGACCGAUUGAAUAUGGGAGAUCCACAAUACACCAAUAUUUUUAAACGUCGCAUGAAAGUUCAAAAGAUACCAUUAUAUCACAAUAAGGGGGAGAAUUCAUGUCACUAA